GCCAAACUAGCCAGCCGCCGGAAGUGGGGCUGGGGGCGUCUGCGACGUGCCGGGUCCCGGGGCUGAGAUCUCAGCGGUUCCUGGGUCCCGCCUCCCCACUUCCAGUGCCCGGUCUGUGCCCGGAGAGGGUUGCGACCUCUAAGCGUUCUUCAGACUCGGCAGCCCCAGGGGGCGGGGCGGGCCGCAGAACUCGCCCCUACUUCCCGCAGCCCCCGGAGGGCCCCGUCCUGCGUCCCCGACUAACCAGACAGGGAGGAAGGAAGGGUCCCGAUCCCCGCCAGGCGGGCUCUCCAAGCGUCCUUUAGGUUGGGAAGCCCCCAGCGCCCCCCGCCCAGACCAUGGCCUCGGCCCCAGGAAGGGACAGCUCCCUGCUGGCCGCGGAGCUGAGGGAGGAGGCGAGAGCGGAGGCUGCCGAGGAGAGCCGGGGCCUGUGUGAGCAGAUGCUGCUGCAGGCCAUGCAGAAGAUCCUGGAUGCCCAGUCCCCCAUGCCCGACUCCAGGCAGAUCCAGCCCAAGGCCGGUUUCUGUGUCAAGACCCGCUCCGCCGAGGGAAAGGUCUUCAUCAACGUGUGUCAGUCGGACGCCAUCCCGGCCCCGGCCGAUCUCAGCGAGCAGGAGCUGCUGUGUGUGCUGGAGGGGGACCAGGCCGCCUUCCGCAUCCCCAUGAGUCUGGGGGAGCCCCACGCCGAGCUGGACCGAGGAGGAAACGGCUGCACGGCCUAUGACGUCGCCAUCAACAGCAACUUCUACAAGAAGCUUCGGAGUAAUGAUUUCUUCCUGGAGUUUUUUGUCACGGUGGCCAUGGAGGGUUUGGAGGACAAGUAUGGGACCCAGCUCAGCCGAGAGUGGCGCCUGCUGAAGUACCGGCCCUUCCUGGGCUCCAUCUCCCAGCAGAACAUCCGCACCCAGAGCCAGCCGCGGCCCCCGACCAUCCAGGAGCUUGGAGACGGCUCUGCCCAUCCCCCUCUGAAGCUCUGGCUGGAGGCCCCAGACCUGCUCCUGGCUGAGGUGGUUUUGCCCACAGUGGCUUCUGCCCGGGAGCUGUCACUUCAGCUUGGGGGAGACCGGCUGGUCCUGGGGCCACCGGGAACCCCCUACCACGUGGACAUCUUUGUCCCCCAUCACAUUGACCAAGAGCAGUGUCGGGCCGCCUUCAACCGGAAGAGCAAGACCCUGAUGAUCUCCAUGCCCCUGCAGACGGCGGCGUGCUCCUGAGACGGAGGAGCUGGGCUCCGGGGUGGGUGUCGGGCCUGGCCAGCCUGCCUCGCCCUCCCCUGCUGCCAAAUAAAAGAUUUUUAUCUGGAAGAA